AUGGACAUUGUUUGGGCCGUUAUUGCCAUAAUACCUGUGGUCUUCAUGGCCUGGCUGGCAAUCUUUCUCCUGGGCAACGUCGGAUUUGACAAAGACGUUGGUCCCGAAGAGGACGAGGGCCAUAAUUUCACCCAGAGGCCGUACCUGCAUACCUUGGUCAUGAGCGGCCGAGUGGCGGAUGUUGAGAAGGAUGUGCGUCUGGAGAGCCUGGAUAACUCGAGGCCUAACUGGCGAUGA